AUGACUGAGAAAACUAAAACUUUUUGCCUUGUCUUCUGGAAAGAAGACAAAACAUAUAGUGUUAUGGAAGAACCUCAGGAAUUAAAAAACAUUUGUGACGGAGAGGAGGCAGAUUUAGUGGAAGAAGGAACUUCAUAUAAAAUUAUUGUUUUGGCAAGAAGCGAUGUUAAAUCAAAUAGAACUGACGAAGAAUUAGUUAAGAGCGACAACCAAAGAGACUUUCUGCAAGAUUCGGAGAAUAAAAUAAUAAAUUCUAAAACUGAACUUACGAAGUCACAAGUCCCAAAAAGCGGCGACUCAAUGAAAAGCAAAAAAAGAGAUUCAAAUACUCAUAAGAAAAGUAACUUUACUGAAGAUAUUAAAAGCAAAAACUCACAUAACAAUAUUGCUCCAAAUAAACAGAUGCCUAAAAUUUCUAAAGUACAAAAACCAAAAGGUGCUAAAGCAAAUAGAAAUGACGCAGAAUCAUUAAAGAGCGACAACCAAAGUGAAUUUUUGCAAGAUUCCGACAAUGGAAAUUCUGACAAUGAAAUAAUAAAAUCUCAAAUUGAACUUUCGAAGUCAGAAGUUCCAAAAAGUAACAUGAACGAUAGCAAAAAUACUGAUCCGGUCGCAAUAAUUGAGCAUGUUAAAUAUUUACCUGGACAUUCAAAACAACAAAUGCCAAAAUUUCCUCCGGAAUUUGUUACAUUUCUGCGACAAUUUUUGGCCUUCGCAGAAAGUAAUCAAUCAAAUGAAAAUUCAGAUGAUAGCAACCAAAAAUUUGUGCAUUAA